CCCCGUCGGCCUUUGUGCCCACUGCGCACGCGCCGGAGGUUGCAACCGUCAGGGACGGCAAGGGAAGCGCCCCCGAGAGUUCGAAGCCCUCUUUGGCUCCCUCCCUCAGCCACCGUUGCUUUGCGGCCUGCACUUCCGCUUCCUUCCUGUCAGGGCCGAGGAGAAGCAGAAGGAGAAGGAUGCCGGAGAGCCCGGGGUCUGCGUGAGGCGAGGCCGGGAAGGGAGGGAUGUCGCCGGCGCCGGGCCUCCACGCCGGGUCCUGGCCCCAGCCUCAGCCUCAGCGGCGCCCUCCGCCUCGGCCCUGCUCAGGUUCGGCCCGGGCCCAGCGACAGGGACAGGCCCCGCCAGGCCGGGCUGGGCCCCAGCACUGACUCCGCCGCUUCCCCGACGCCGAGGGCCCGGGACGGGGCGGGCAGGAUGCAGGCGCCGCCGCUGCAGUACGACUUCUUCAGCGAGGAGAACGCGCCCAAGUGGCGGGGCCUGCUGGUGCCCGCCUUGAAGAAGGUUCAGAUGCAAGUCCACCCUAAACUCUCAUCUACCGAAGAUGCCUUGCAGUAUGUUGAGGAAUUAAUUCUGCAGUUGCUAAACAUGCUGUGCCAAGCCCAGCCCAGAAGCUUCCAGGAUGUAGAGGAUCGUGUACAAAAGAGUUUUCCCCAUCCUAUUGACAAGUGGGCAAUAGCUGAUGCUCAGUCUGCAAUUGAAAAGAGGAAGCGAAAAAAUCCAUUAUUUCUUCCAGUAGAAAAAAUUCACCCACUAUUAAAAGAAGUUCUCGGUUAUAAAGUUGACCACCAAGUAUCUCUUUACAUAGUAGCAGUAUUAGAAUACAUUUCAGCAGAUAUUUUAAAGUUGGUUGGGAACUAUGUAAGAAAUAUAAGACAUGAUGAAAUCACGAAACAAGACAUCAAAGUGGCAAUGUGUGCUGAUAAGGUACUGAUGGAUAUGUUCCAUCAGGAUGUAGAGGAUAUUAGUACACUAACAUUAUCUGAUGAAGAACCCUCCACAUCAGGAGAACAAACGUACUAUGAUAUUGUGAAAUCAUUCAUGGCAGAAGUUCGACAGUACAUAAGAGAGCUAAAUCUCAUAAUAAAAGUGUUCAGAGAACCUUUUAUUACCAAUCCAAAGCUAUUUUCAGGUCAUGAUGUAGAAAAUAUAUUCAGUCGCAUAUCAGAUAUUCAUGAACUUAGUGUGAAACUGUUGGGCCAUAUUGAAGAUACAGUAGAAAUGACAGAUGAAGGCAGUCCCCAUCCUUUAGUUGGAAGCUGUUUUGAAGAUUUAGCUGAGGAACUUGCAUUUGAUCCAUAUGAAACCUAUACUCAAGAUAUUUUACGGACUGGCUUUCAUGACCACUUUCUUAGUCAGUUGUCAAAGCCUGGAGCAGCAUUCUAUUUGCAGUCAAUAGGAGAUGGUUUUAAAGAAGCUGUUCAGUAUGUUUUACCAAGGUUACUUCUAGUUCCUGUUUACCAUUGCCUUCACUAUUUUGAAGUUUUAAAGCAAUUAGAAGAAAAGAGUGAAGAUGAAGAGGACAAAGAGUGUUUGAAACAAGCAAUUACAGCCCUGCUUAAUCUUCAGAGUAGUAUGGAAAGGAUAUGCUCCAAGAAUCUUGCAAAGAGACGGCUUAGUGAAUCUGCGUGCCGUUUCUAUAGUCAACAAAUGAAAGGGAAGCAACUUGCAAUCAAGAAAAUGAACGAAAUCCAAAAGAAUAUUGACGGCUGGGAGGGUAAAGACAUUGGACAAUGCUGCAAUGAAUUCAUAAUGGAGGGGACUCUCACGCGCGUGGGUGCCAAGCAUGAAAGACAUAUAUUUCUCUUUGAUGGCCUCAUGAUUUGUUGUAAGUCAAAUCAUGGCCAGCCAAGACUGCCUGGUGCUAGCAAUGCGGAGUAUCGUUUGAAAGAAAAGUUUCUAAUGCGAAAGGUACAAAUCAACGAUAAAGAUGACACUAAUGAAUACAAGCACGCCUUUGAAAUAAUUUUAAAAGAUGAGAACAGUGUUAUUUUUGCUGCUAAAUCAGCCGAAGAGAAAAACAACUGGAUGGCAGCCUUGAUCUCUUUACAGUACAGAAGCACCUUGGAGCGCAUGUUAGACGUAACAAUGUUACAAGAAGAGAAGGAGGAACAGAUGAGAUUUCCAAGUCCUGAGCUUUAUAGGUUUGCAGAACCUGAUUCUGAGGAGAAUAUUGUUUUUGAAGAGAACAUGCAGCCAAAAUCGGGAAUCCCUAUAAUCAAGGCAGGAACAGUUGUCAAACUGAUCGAGAGACUUACAUACCAUAUGUAUGCAGAUCCCAACUUCGUUCGAACAUUUCUUACAACAUAUAGAUCAUUUUGCAAGCCUCAGGAAUUGCUGAGUCUCCUGAUAGAAAGGUUUGAAAUUCCAGAACCUGAACCAACAGAAGCAGAUCGGAUAGCUAUGGAGAAUGGAGAUCAACCUCUCAGUGCAGAGCUCAAAAGGUUUAGAAAGGAAUAUAUACAACCUGUACAACUGCGAGUUUUAAAUGUAUGCCGACACUGGGUGGAGCAUCAUUUCUAUGAUUUUGAGAGAGAUGUAGAUCUUUUGCAGCGUUUGGAAGAAUUCAUUGGCACUGUCAGAGGAAAAGCUAUGAAGAAAUGGGUUGAGUCAAUCACAAAGAUAAUCCAUAGAAAAAAGCAAGCACAAGCCAUUGGGCCAAGCCACAAUAUUACAUUUGAAAGCUUACCGCCUCCAGUUGAAUGGCAUAUAAGCAAGCCAGGACACAUGGACACAUUUGACCUGCUUACUUUACACCCAAUAGAAAUUGCUCGACAGCUCACUCUACUUGAAUCUGAACUUUACAGAGCUGUGCAGCCAUCCGAGCUAGUGGGAAGUGUGUGGACAAAAGAAGAUAAAGAAAUCAAUUCUCCUAACCUGCUCAAGAUGAUAAGACAUACCACCAAUCUGACCUUGUGGUUUGAAAAGUGCAUUGUAGAAACGGAAAAUCUAGAAGAAAGAGUUGUUGUAGUGUGCCGGAUAAUUGAGAUCUUGCAAGUUUUUCAAGAGUUAAACAACUUCAAUGGUGUUCUUGAGGUUGUCAGUGCUAUGAACUCUGCACCUAUUUAUAGGCUGGAUCACACAUUUGAACAAAUCCCAAGUCGCCAGAAAAAGAUAUUUGAAGAAGCUCAUGAACUGAGCGAAGAUCACCAUAAGAAAUACUUAGCAAAACUCAGGUCUAUCAAUCCUCCUUGUGUGCCUUUCUUUGGUAUUUAUUUAACAAAUAUCUUGAAAACGGAAGAAGGCAAUCCUGAAUUCCUUAAACGACAUGGAAAAGAGCUGAUCAAUUUCAGUAAACGGAGGAAGGUGGCUGAGAUUACAGGGGAGAUCCAACAGUACCAAAACCAGCCAUACUGCCUAAGAAGCGAACCUGAAAUCAGGAAAUUUUUCGAAAACUUAAAUCCAAUGGGAAAUAGCAUGGAAAAAGAAUUUGCAGAUUCUCUGUACAAUAAGUCUCUACAAAUAGAGCCACGUAAUGCGAAGCCUCCCCCAAGAUUUCCCAAAAAAUACAACUAUCCUCUUAAAUCUCCGGGUAUUCGUCCAUCUAAUCCAAGGCCAGGCACCAUGCGACAUCCUACUCCUCUGCAACAAGAGCCAAGAAAAAUCAGUUACAGCCGUGUUCCUGAGAGUGAAACGGAGAGUGCGGCUUCCGCACCAAACUCUCCCAGAACCCCUCUCACCCCGCCCCCUCCAUCCUCCACGUCCAGCACCACUGACGUCUGCAGCGUCUUUGAUUCUGAUCCCUCAACUCCUUUUCAUUCAAGAUCUGCCUCUGUAUCCUCCAUAAGCUUUCCCAAAAGUUCCGAUGAAAUUACUGUUCCCCCACCUAUUCCUCCUCGAAGACGCCCAGAAUCCGCUCCUGCAGAAUCCUCUCCAUCAAAGAUUUCUUCUGCACACUUGGACAGCCCCCCAGCGAUCCCCCCUCGGCAGCCCACCUCCAAAAUCUAUUCACCGAGGUACUCGGUGACUGACCGGACGUCCAUCUCAGAUGCCCCGGAGAGCCCGCCUGUGUUGCCACCCCGAGAACCCGUGCGGACUCCUGACGUUUUCUCUAGUUCUCCUCUGCAUCUCCAGCCACCUCCUUUAGGCAGGAAAAGCGAACUCGGCAACACUUUCUUUCCUAACAGUCCCUCUCCGUUCACUCCCCCUCCUCCCCAGACGCCUUCUCCUCACGUUGCAAGGAGGCAUUUGCCAUCGCCCCCGUUGAUACCACAAGACACGGACCUCCAUUCUGUUGCUGGGCCCCCCGUCCCACCACGGCAGAGCACCUCUCAGCAUAUCCCAACUGUUCAACAUAUCCCAAAGCUGCCUCCAAAAACUUACAAAAGGGAGCCUGCGCAUCCGUCAAUGCACCGCGAUGGGCCCCCCUUGCUGGAGAAUGCCCACUCCACCUGAGUCUCCCUUCUGCUAAAGAGAAAGUGCUUGCCCAGGUGCCAUGUCUGUUGCUGGCAAUAGAUGCACUGUACUUUUUUGGCGCCAAGGAGUUGGGUUGUGUUGCUCCUAACACUAAAGACGCUGCAAUACAUUUGAUACAUGGUAUAGAAAAAUAUGAAUCUUAAUAACAGGCAACUUGUCUUGAAAAGGAAAAAACAAACUGUUUCUGUUUGUUCGUGUGAUAUGCAGGGCACUGUUCUAAAGUCUCUGGACAUCUGAAUGUACCAGAAAUCAGACUUCUUACAGAUCUCUUUGGCCAAUAAGCAGACACCGUGCUUUGUGUCAUAUCCAGUGAAGGAUGAAAAAUAUAGUCCUGUAAUCAUCUGUCCGCUGCAACGUAAGUUCUUGGAGUAACAAUAUUAUGCACUUUUUAAAAAUAUUUCAAACAAGGAACUUGAUAGUCUCCUUAAUUUUCUUUUGUUGUUGUUUUGUAUUCCCUGUGUUCAAAUCAUGAAUUGGACUGUAAGGAAGAUCUGUGGUACUGAACCAGUCUCAAACUAAAGAAUAGCACUGUACUGCAGUCCUGUUUACAAACUAUUGCUAGUCCAUUGUGGGUACCUAGGCUUCACCAAAGAGGUACUUUCCUUCUUCUUCACGAAUUUUAUGGUGCCAGUUCCAAAAGAAAUUCAGCCAGGAAACAGAAUGUCCAACAUUUGCCUUCUUUAAAAAAAAUGAGAGUUUAAUCUUAAAACGAAUGAUACCAGUGACACAAACUGCAAAACAGAGCUAAAUUGAUUCCUUCAUUUAGAAGACUGUUCAAUCUAGAUUAGGUUCGGUCCUCUUCCUCCUGAGGUUUACUGAGGACCCACUUUAUUACGGCUGGUGGCGCAACAUCCUGGAUCGUGUCAUGACAAUACAAAGGAUGAUCGGCUGGCCGUACACCCCCAUUAAUGAUCAUCAUCAUGUUUUAGCUAGCAGUAGGUAAGUGACUAAAUAAUCAGCGCCCAUAGAAUUGCCUUGUAGUUGCAUAGAUAAAUCAUGUGUAUAUAGUGAAUGUUGCGUAUACUUGCAAAUUGUUUUUUAAUUUAAUUGAAAUAAAGAUACAGAUAUUUUGUCUGGCUGACAUAUAUUAAAUUAUUGCAUUGCUAAAUGUACAUUUCAGUUUAAAGCACUGAGGAGAAGACAUAUUCUGUGGUACACACACAUUUUUCUAGCUCAUUGUUUUGGUCUAUGAGACGUAACGGAAGAAACCCCAUGUUUAGCAUGUGAAGCAGAGGUGAGUUAGGGGCAGCUUGGAGUCAACAUCUGUGUGCUUAGAAUGUAAUGGAUCUUGUGCAUGUCAGGCGAUACCGAAUUCCAAGCUCUGCUGGACCUCAUAGACUUUGAAGUUGACCUUUUACAAUGUCAGAAAUGUUUGAAAGAGACUGAUCUACAUGAAUAUCCUUCCUUGGAUUAUUUAUAGACCUGUGAACUGCGCUUCUGAUUCCAGUACUGUGAUGAUAAUGCAUGCUACUUGUUGAAAACAUUUUAAUCAUCUCCGCUACACUAGGAUUUGUGAAUGGUGCAGUAUUGUAUCUUUAGUUACCAAGACUCUUAUAGGACAUUUUUGGCAAAACCAAAACACAUUUCGGCCAUCUUAGAAAGCCAUGUCAAUGAAACAAUGUCGGUGGAAGACUGUAUCACCGUGGAAGCCUACUGUUCUAAUCUAUUUCUACAGCUCUAUGCAGUGCGGUCUUUGCAUUUCAGGAAAUGUUUGUUUACUUUCAGUUGCAUAGGGUUUUUUUUUAACAUGUAGAAUUUGCAGGGUCUAAAGAAAGGUAUUCUGGAAGAAUGGAAGUUUGUAUAAUGGUAGACUAUAAAGGAAGGUUACGCUGAGAUACAGUGAUGCCUAAUAAAAGGAAAGGGAUAUUUCUAGAAGUGGUUGAACGUUAAAGAAAUUUUUUUUGAAAUGGUCCUCAUCUUAGAUCUCUACUGCUUGAGCAACUGGAUCAAUGGCCAACCAUUUGGGAAUGCAAGUGGCUCCAAUUCCAGUGGUUCCAUGCUCCAUUCUGUAAGUCGCAGUGGAUGCCAGCCCCCAGCCUUUAUAUUGCUUUAAAAGACUAAAAUCUCUCAGCGAAAGCAGCAGGUCAUGUCAAUCUUUCUGGAACCAACGAGUUUGUCAUUUCUCCAAGUUAUCUGCCUAAAAGACAGAAGAGUUACCCAAUAAACCCACUUCCUUUUAGAGAGGGAAAGAGUCUGGGCUUCAGACUUACUAAUUUUAUUUACCAUAUAUACUCAUAUUUAAAUCCACCUCACCUAUCAAUUGAAGGCAGAUUUUAGGUCAAGGUUAUUCCACAGAGAGGGGAAAGCACCAAGGCAUUUAAAAAGGCUAGAAGUGAUGUGACGGCAGAGUUGAGGGAUUCAACUCUUCCUUUAGUUCCUCCAAAAGCAGGCUAAGCUCUAGUCUUUGGCCACUCUGCUCAGAGAAGGGCAUGGUUCCUUAUUUGGUAAGAAUUAAGGUAGAGUUCUCGCAAUGACCCACAGAUAAGUCAACCCAGCAUAUUUGGGUUGAGUUUUUGACUAUAAUUUCUAGACUUAUACAUAAGUAUAUAGCAGGCAUGGGCAAACUUCGGCCCUCCGGAUGUUUUGGAUUUCAAUUCCUGACAGUGUUUUAGAUUUCAAUUCCUAACAGUCUACCGCAGGCAUGGGCAAACUUUGGCCCUCCAGGUGUUUUGGACUUUAACUCCCACAAUUCCUAACAACCAGUAGGCUGUUAGGAAUUGUGGAAGUUGAAGUCCAAAACACCUGGAGGGCCGAAGUUUGCCCAUGCCUGCGGUAGACUGUUAGGAAUUGUGGGAGUUGAAAACCAAAACACCUAGUGAGUGGUCACCCCACAUUUCCAAAUAUACCUAAUUUUUUUCCUAAAUAUUUCCACCACCCUAAAUGUUGAUAAAAGUAUCCUGCUUGUUGCAUCCUAAGUGCCAAAUGGUUAAAAGUUGGCUUGAGAAAGGAGAUAACAAAGUCAGCACUCUGUUAGAGGACUCUUUGUCAUCUUCAUAAUGUAUUAGCGGUUGCAGUAAAUUAGCUGCACCGAAUUUUAAUUUUCUGAGUAUGAUGGAUUUUUUUAAACCCUCUGAAAUGGAGUUUGUGGUGCAAAAAUGGGCAGUGUUUUAAUACAGUCCGUUUUAGUUACGAAGUACUUUGUACUCAGCCAAACCAUCCAUUAUUGUAUCCUUUUAUUGCCAUGUAUAAACUACUUGUCAUGUUUUUGGCAGUCUACAAAA